GCGCUCUCCACGGUCCCUGAACAAACGUCGCCCUCGCACCUCGGGGCCUGUGGGGCCAAGUGCUGACACGGCUUGCGGAGCCGGAGCCUCGGCGGAGGCUGGCCUCUCGGUCAGGGCCGGCUCCGCGCAGGCCGUUGCUCUCUCCCCAAGUUAUCUAUGACCCGCGGCCGGUCUGGGUGUAAAAAUAGCUGCUGAGGCUGCUUGUUUAAUCUGACUGUUACUCGACACCGCGCGGGGGCUGCGGGCGCCGCUCGCCUCUUCCCCGCGGAGCGCGGCACUGGGCGGCUGCUCGGGACGCUCGCUUCACCGCCUCGCCGCGGCCGGACCAGCCCGGGGCUGCCCAGGGGCCCAGGUGCAGAUGGGCUAUGAUGAUAGCAAAUGUAAGCAUGAGAAGAAGUUUUAAAACUACAGAUCCUAAAUCCCAGCAAAGCAGGCACAUGCAGCCCCCACUGCUGUAACAGUUUCAGCUACCUACGGUCAACCACGGUCCAGAAGCACAUGAUCCUCCCUCUGACAUAUGGUCAGAAGUCAAUAGUAACCUAAUCCUACAUCACAGUGCCCAAGUCAUUCGUCCCACAUCAUCUUGUCACGUAGACAUUUUAUCGUCUCACAUCAUCACAGGAAGGAGAAAAAAAAACCACACUGUGCAAUUGAUUGCAUCUGGUCAAUAGGAAGCUCUAGUUUUGUGGGAAGAGGGCUGCUCUUCCAGAAUCGUCACACAGAGGCACCCUCUGGCUGACCAGGGACAGUCUUCCCAGCUGGUGGAUGAUGCAGGGGAAUAAGAAGUGCACGGACGGGUUCAGCGACUCCUCAAGCAUCGGCAGUGUGCUGGACGAUGCGGACAGGGAAGUGAGCAGCCUCACAGACCGGGCGUUCCGGAGCUUGUGCAUCUCAGAGGACACAUCUUUUAACGACUCUGACCUGACCCUGUCCCCGGAUAUCAGCCGCCAGGUGUUUGGAAAUUUUCACCAGGGAACGGUGAGCCACACCCACAGGAAGAGCAGCAUUUGGAGCCAGUUACCAUCACAAGGCACCGAGCAUGCAGGCUGGGCGGCCACAUUCCAACAGCUACCCAAGUAUGUUCAAGGAGAGGAAAAGUAUCCCAAAAGCAGCCCCCCACUGACACCAGCCCAGAGGAGACUGGAGGUGCCAGUUUCUGGCCUGAGGAGCAGCAACAAGCCUGUUUCUAAAGUGUCAUCGCUAAUCAAAUCUUUUGACAGGACCGAGAGCCAACAUUGUGACAGCCGGCCUCCUACCAGUAAGCCCCCAGCUCUCAAAAAUCCCCCCAAAUUUGCUCCUCUUCCAGAAAGUGGCAUCAACUUCUGCUUCGAUUCUGCCUUUCUGACUGUCAGGAGGGUGCCUGCUGAAGUCUCUAGUGCCCAUCAGAAUAGCCAUCAGCCUGGCAGGAAGCACGGAGAGCAGGAGUCCCCCAAGAAUCCUGAAAUGGCCAGUCACAACUCCAGCAGCUUCCUCCCAACACCCGAAAAUGUGGCCAACUCGUUUGAGCCAAAGUUCCCUUCUUCGCCCCACAAGCCAGCCAAGGGCGAGCCUGGAAGGGGUAAGGACUGGCCUCGCAAAGGGACCUUUCUUCAUAGUGAAAACAGUGCUUUUGAGUCAUGGAAUGCCCACCAACCGAGGCUGCCUGAGAGAAAGGAGGCUGCUGACCCUGUCCCAGAAAGCAAGGCUCCCAAGCACUAUGAGGACACACCCCUGUUAAGAGAGCCCCUGGCCCCUGAACACCAUGUUUCCCCCUGCCAAGCCCAGGCCAGCUGUAGUCAGGAUGAGAACAGGCUGACAGCAGGGGCUCUCACCACAUCUGGAUCCUGGGGAGCUAGAGAUCCAGGAGCCCAGAUAUUCCCUGUGGAGGGAGAAGCUUCUAGCUCACAGCCUGACCCUCAGGUGAAGCCGACCCAGGCCCCAUGGAGGAAACCAAAGCCUAGCAAGGGAAGGAAAGAAAGUCUACCAGAUGCUUCGGAAGAGAAGAAGCAGGCCACCAGAAGAGGCCCAGCCUUGUAUACAAAGCACAAUCCCCAGGGACAAUUUCCAGAAAACGAGGCUCUUGACAUGCCCAUGGACCCCAAUGAGCAUUACAGUCCUCCUUUUAACAUCAGUAAGCUUCUGACCCCUGUCAUACCCACCAAGCAUGUCCUGGAUCCACCUGACAGUCAGCUGGUGGAGAUAACCCCAUCUCCCUCAGGACAGCUCAACGGGUACCAAGAGAAGGAGCCCAGUGAAUGUCAAUCUUGGGACACCUACAAAUCCAAAGCCCCUAGCCUGUUGUUCAACCUUAAGGAUGUGCGGAAGCGUGUUAAGAGCACAUACAGUCCGUCACCUCUCUUGAAAGGCCUUGAGGAGAAAACCAGAGGCAAGCAAGAACCCAUGAGCAAUGGCGUCAUCCUUCCCAAUGGGCUUGAGGAGAGCUCUCCAAACGAGCUCUCUAAGGAGAGGCCAGCUGACGGCCCUUCUGGGUCACACAUCAGUACCCAGAAGGACCCUAAGGCUGACCCUGGUGCUGCCUCUGAAGACAGCUAUCUAACUCUUAGCUCACCUCCAGCUACCACCCAAGCCCCCUUCUGUGUCAACGGGGAGGGAGAUGACAGAAACAGCUACGAGAAGGAUGACGGAGAACCAGAGAUGGGCACUGCCAAGUCCGCCGAGUGUCCAGACUCUGGGGAACGCUGCCCCAGGAAGCACCUGUCCCUGAGGCUUUGCAGCAGAGAGCCUGAAGCAGGGAAGGCUGCAGAGAAAUCAGGGACCCCCAGCCUAGAGAAGGGGUUCUUGAGAUCCGUGUCUCAAGAAACAGAAUCCGAGAGAGAGGCAGGAUUCCAGAAUCCGAACUUUAACCAGAAAUUCUCCCCAGGGCCCCUCUCUCCCGAGGAAGAAGAUGUGUUUUACAGUGACACACAAUCUGAUUUCAUGCCAGGCUUCAAAAGUAAGGCCAAAUUCAGCACCAGCUCUUCAGACCAGUCCUUUGCCUCAUUUGAGGAUCAGCAGAAAACGUGGUUCAGCGAGAGCCAGCAGGAAGACAGGAGGAAUGAUGGAAGUGCAGGAGACAGUCAGAAGGAUGAGAAGGAGAAGACGAUGGGGAAAGAUGAGCUGCCGCACUGUGCCCUACGUAACGGGCCGGUGUGCAUACAGGAGCACAGCAAGGGGGGACUGCUGCAAGGAGAAGGGGAAGGUUUGUCUGGAUGUAGGCCCAGGAAGACGUCGAGAGAGGAAGCUAACUUCAGAGGCACUUGGAUGGGGGGAAGUAAGGAUACAAGCAAAGACCUUACCCCCUCACCAUCUUCCACUUCAAACAAGCACAUACUGUUUGCAAUUAAAGACAACACCCUCAGGGCCACCCCCGUGAUAAAACCCAUCAUGCUGCCCCUUCUGAGGACCCUGUCAUCAGAGGACCCACUGGGCAGUAGCCACAAAGAGGAGGACUUGCCAAAGCCAGGCUGGGGAGAAGAGGCUGGUGGUCUCUGUGGCCCUGAGAGCCAGGAAAUGGCCAAUACCCCGACACCCGCUAGCACGCAGGGCACACACUUGAAGCACACAGCCUGGGAGGGCAUGGACCAUGGGCAGGUGCCCAGCAUGGUGGGCUGGAUGGAGACUCCUCAGCCAGUCCCAACAAGAAAUGUCCCAUCUCCUCCACUCAUGGGAGAGGAUAAAGGGCUGAAGCCACGACAGGUUGCGGCAAAGGAAGGCAAGAACAGUUCCAUGGACCAGGGGAAGCCGGAUGCUCCAAGGCGCAUCCCCACCAUCGCUUUGCCCCAAGGCGACCCAGAAGACCAGCCACCCCCACAGCAGCUGGGGAUGUGCUGGGAAGAGCACACACAAGAUUUCAAAAGUCACUUAUUGUCUACACCUAGAGCAGGGCCCCCAGGGAGAAGAUUGGUUCCUGGUGAGAUGGCAACUUCCCCUAAUGCCAGCUCCCUGGAUGAGAGCAGCGCGUGCUCCCCUGCCACCAGCAGCAUUUGGGACGAUGCUUCCCAGGCCCCCACCAAGCCAGGCCUGCUGCCAGGGGAGCCUCCUCACCCCAGCCCCUGGGCCAGCCCCUACUCUGCUGGGGUUGCCCGCAGGGAGGACCUGACACAUGCCCUCACAUGGGAAGCUGGCUCAGACCCCCAACUUGAGCCAAGCACAGAAGACCUCCGGACACUUUCUCCAAGAGGUUUGGUGCUGGACACGGCCACCAGCUCUGUGGGCCUCCCUGAGAAACCAGAGCCUCCGGCUCAGCUGGAGAGAGCGGCCGGCAAGCCACCUGCGGUGCCCCCCAAAACAGAGAAGGCCCUACGGCGGGCGAAAAAGCUGGCCAGCAAGAGGAGAAAGACCGACCAACUGCAAGAAAAACAUGGUGAAACCGGAGAAGAAAAGCCCUGCCUGGAGGACUGGGAGCAGAGGCCACCGUCCCCUGGAGAGAGACCCCGACCCAGGUUCCCCACGGUCCGCUCCCUGCCGCCUCCCAUCCACCGCCACUCAGUGUCUGCCUUCUCAGAGCCACUCAGGAGGCAGCCUGGGGGACCCCAGUCCCUUACACCUCUGCCCCCUUACCCUGCCACCCAGAAGGUCCUCCAAGAUCCCCAAUCUGGAGAGUACUUUGUCUUCGAUCUGCCACUCCAGGUGAAAAUCAAGACCUUCUAUGACCCAGAGACGGGCAAAUAUGUCAAGGUCCCCAUCCCAUCCUCUGAGGGAGGUUCCCCCGAGCUGCCCCCACCCAACACACCUGCUGCUCGCUACAUGCUGUACCCCCACUUCCGGCCCCUGCCCGUGACAGCCUUGAUGCCCCUGCGCUGCUCCUCUCAGCUCUCUGCCCCCACCUUCUUAAGGCAGGGCCUUCACCCCACCGAGGCGGCCAGCCCUGGGUCCCAGAGAGCCUGUGAGGCCGGCCUGCAGCUGGCCCCAAAGCCUCGAGGCGACCCCACCCAGCACCCCGCAGGCCAGUGCCCUGAAGCACCUCCGCGGUGCCUGGGGGAGGAGGGAGAUGCUUCACACCUGGGCAUCAUCUCCACCAACGACCUAGAGGACUUUGCCACAGAAGGCGUUUCUUGAGAACCACAGCAGACUAACCCCCCUCAAAUAAACCCAGAAGAACUUACUUCCCCUUUCCCCAAAACAGUCACUUACAUACACACACACAGACACACACACACAGACACACACACACACACACACACACACACACAUACACAAAUCAACACAUACUUAGCCAUGUGGGAUCCCUAAAGUCUCAAAGGAAGUGGGGAUUCUGAGAAAACCCCAGCUGAAAGGCUUCCUGGGCCUCCCCUCCCUGGGAGGGCACAGUUUGCAUGACCGGGUCCCUCCUAAGCUCCUUCCCUGAUCCUGGAUCUGGCCUCCUUCCCUCUUCCUUCUCCCCUCCCUUACUCUGUCCCCCUCUGGCCAUGCCACUGCGGUGGGUCCAGCCUAUUCCUAAUGACCGUAACUGCUCUGCUCCGGCAUCCCACCUAAUUCUUCUCAAGGGCCAGCUCACGCAGUGAGAAAGCUCCCAAGACCCCCAGAAACAGCACACUGCACUGUGCCCAGCCCUGCCCAGCGAGCAGACCACCCAGCCCAGCCCCUCCAGGUCCAGUGGGCCCAGAGAAGGGCCUCCAUCCCUCCCCACUGCAGGAGCCAUUUCCAGCUCACCAGGCAGAAAUGGCUCAGGACUGGCCCCAGGCAACCCUGCAGAAAUGUUUAUUUGGAUAGAAUGGGUUUUCUUUACUGAGGAAGCUUUCCUCUGAAAGCUAUUUUCUGAUAAAGAAAAGGCUACCUUUUAAAAAGUGAAA